UACUUCGACAGCUUCGUCUCCUUGGCAGUCACCAUUCCGCUUGGGAGGGGCGCCGGGAUCGUCGUCGGAAAUAAAGCCGCGGGAAUCAUUUCUCAUAGUUGUAGAAUCUCGGCAGCAGUGGAGGCGGCAGAGAAGAUGAUGGCAGAGCCUUUGAUAUUGAAAUGAGGCAAUCAGUUGGGCACUUUUUGACAUGAAUGGCAACCAAGUUCUCCAAAGUAUUGUUACUGAAGUUGGAGUUGCAUUUAAGAAAAAUCUUAAGGAGAUGGAUAAAGUGAGGAACGAACAGAGCAAUGACAUAUCUGUCAAGGAAGCAAUAUCAAUUGUGAUGGAUAGGAACCAAAAUUUAAGGCAAAAAGGCGUUUUGUAUGAAGUCUUACAAUGGUAUAUUUGUAGGAUGGAGGCUUGGUUUGUUGCUGAUGCAGAAGACAUAUUGCUGGCUUUCAAGAGGAAAUUCGAAGACAGAAUGUCUGAAUGUCAGGUAUUAAUACUUAUCUAGGAAAGGGUCGUUUACGAACACUUCAAAAUCUAUACAAAAUUUUGAUAUUUUGAUAUUUGACAUGGUUUACAAUGACAAGAACUCGACCUGAUGAAGAGGUGAAGCUAGUAUUCCUUAAUAUUUCAUUUAAGAUGUGUUAAAAUAUUUUCAUUUACUGAAAUCAUUCUUCUUCAGACAGUUGAAAGAUUGAUAGAGACAGGGGAUAGUGAGCAAAUUUUUUAGAAUGCAAUCUGCCAGAAAAGCCGAGGACAGGUGUAUGAAAACUCCAAUUUGUUUGUUUGCCCAUCCGUUUCCAUUUUCUGUUUUUUCUCUAUCGCAGUGUUUUAUGAAUUGUUGGCAUAUAUAGAAGAAACACGACAUAGAAUUUUAAUUUGGUAGUCAUAUAUUUGUCUCAACUAUAAAACUAGACUAAAUUUGUGCAGCCAUUAAAUAACACAUAGUAUUGAUGUAAAUGAUGUCAUUUGAAAUUCAAGAGCGGCAUGAAGCAGCUAAAGAUUUAGAGAAAAGGCUUUUGGAUCUGCAACAGGUAUAUUAGAUUUUUCUCAUAUUUAUUGAUGAUCAUAUGCAUUCAGGUUUAGAAGUGAAGCUCAUGUUUCUCAGAAAGUAUAAGAUGUUUCCCAAGGUUAAGAUGAAUUGAUCCCUAUAUUUUUCCAUGUGUUUCCUUUGAUAAUAAUACCGAACAUAUGAUCAGUGUGAGGUUCUGAGCUGAUUAGCUUGUUAGCAAAUUCAGUUUAUGAUUAGUUUUCUGAUACCCCAAAUCCCCAGCCAUUCCUACUUCAAAAGUUUAGAUGAGAUAUACAUUGCAAAUCUGGCUUUUUCAUAUGAAGCAUAGCUGGGAAAAUGAACCGGAGAAACAAAUUGAAAACAUCCAUGAAGACUUAUAAGUUCUUGUCCUUGUUCUAGUUUGAUUGUACUAAAUGCUUAUAGCCUUUCAAUUUAUCAUAUCAAUCCAAAUUCAUAGGCUCUGCACAAUGUGAGAUAAUAAGAAAGAUAAUAAAACCAAAUGAUUUACCUAAAUUUACUAAUUACCCUACUAAAUUAUCAAUUUACUAUUUAUAUCAUACUAAUAGUUCUAUUUCACACUCCUUUAUCUAUUGUUUCUUAUUUUCUUCUCUGUUUGCUAACUCCGUAUCAUUUAGUUUGUUCCAUUGAUAAAGUUGGAUCAAAAUUUUGAGUGUGUUUAUUUGGUGUUAAUAUUUUGAAGUGUUUUUUUCUUUUUGGUGAGGUAUUUCGAAAUAUGUGCAAAAUUAUUAAAAUGUUAGAUUUAUCUCAAGUAUUUUUUAUGUUUGAGGAUUUUGAUUACUCUUUAGAUGUAUUUCUUAGCAGUUUAUCUUUUUCAUUUGUGUCAACAAGCUUGUCCAUUUUUAAAAUUAUUCAGUUUUGCUCGUGGUUAGGUUGCUCUAGCACAUUCUUACUCGAACGUGUCUUAUGUUUCAAUUUGGCAAGACACAAUAUAGCUGUGAUGAGGCUUUACUUUCAUCGGUGCAUCGGGAUAAGAAGAAGAGGAUAUUUGGACUUAGGUUGCUAGCAUCGAUAGUGUCACCGGAUCACAACUCAUUCACUAGUGAUGGUUGUAUGCCUAGUGCUCCAACAACUGAGAGUCGGCUAGCGCACAUGGAGGAACGGUUUGACCGUUUUGAGAAUUACGCCCGACCGGACCGCCACGACCCCGAUGGCAAGUCUGGUGGUCCACCUGUUUGUUGAUUUUCAUACCAAGUAUUUGAACUUUACUAUUUCAUGGAUUUUACUAUUUUAAAUAUACGGUUAUAUUUACUACUGUUUGUGGUAUCCAUCGAUUAUGGAACCAUAUUUAUGAAUAUCGUGUGAUUCGAUCGUAUUUUGUCUAUUGGAUAUUUGGUUUGAUAUGAUUUACAUUGUGGUUUGGAUUUGUGCUAUUGUAAUAUAUGAUUUGA